CCGCCCACCCUACAGUUAAACUCCAUUCCGGUGUCCCACUGGGAGUGCUGAAGAGACUGGAUGUUCUCUUAAGUGUCUAUAUCUCCAAGGACAACAGCUAAAAAGACUUUUGAAUGCUAAGUCUCCGGACGUCAAAACUCAGGAAACUCUGGGUCCUCUGCUCUUCUUCCUUCCUCCAUUGACAUCACUUAAUCACAUCCACAGCUGUGUAAUGGAUGUUGCAUGCCUCCACUGUCCCUUUUAUCGUCCUCCUCCUGCAGCCUCUGUUGGAGUGAUGUAGGGUCACGAGAAUGGGGAAACACCAUCCAAGGAGAAAACACACACAAAGUGCUCAGCUGCUGUUGCAUGGUGAGAGGAAGAUACAUGCUCCUUAACAAAUUGGAUAGCAACAGGUCUUCAAGCUAAAGAACAACAUGUGCUGCUUUUAAAGCCAAUCUGGGAGAUAUCAUCGCCUGAUUUAAACAUGGGAUGAGCUGCUGAGCAAUGUAAGCGCCCUAUCAAAGGAACUUCCUGUUUAUCACCAGCUGUGCCCCGGUGCAUCCUGAGUCUUACGCUCUGACCUCCACCCCCCGGACGGCCACGGGACAUCUGGACCAAGAUGCGCUGUACCACCCUCUUGGCCCUGUUGGUGGGGGUCAUGAUCUACGUUGGCCUUGGAGCGCUUGUUUUCAGCACCUUGGAGAAGCCCCAGGAGAAGAAGGCCUAUGACAAACUGCUGACCUUUCGAGCAACCAUUCUCGAGAACUCGUGUCUUUCAGAGCUGAAAUUCAACAAUCUUGUAGCGGAAGUGGUGUCUGCAGUAGAGGCUGGUCUAGAUGCCAAUAGCCUUUCUGCCAACUUUAGCACUCGCUGGGAUAUUGCUUCAGCCUUUUUCUUCUGUGGCACCAUCAUCACCACUAUAGGGUUUGGAAAUCUCUCUCCUCGGACGUGGCCUGGACAGCUGUUCUGUGUGUGCUAUGCUCUGGUGGGGAUCCCAAUGUUUGGCAUCCUUCUGGCUGGAGUGAGCGACCACAUGGGUACAGUGCUGCGGAGAGCUGUGGCCAAGAUAGAGACUCUCUUCCUGAAGCGCAAGGUCCAACAGACCACAGUGCGAGUGAUUUCAGCCAUCCUCUCUAUCCUGAUUGGCUGUCUGAUCUUCCUUGCUGUGCCAACUGUUGUGUUUCAUAAAGUGGAGAAGUGGAGCUUUGUCGAGUCGCUGUACUUUGUGGUCAUAACUCUUACCACUGUGGGCUUUGGUGACUUUGUACCAGGUAUAAAGCGCUAUAUUAGACUAAUGCUAGUCUACUGGGUGUCAGGCCACUUAUUGAUUCUCAAUUCUUAUCAAAAAGGUGGCCGUGAAAGGGGUAUGUUUAAACUCCUAGUGCUGUUAUGGAUCGUUUUUGGCCUUGCUUAUUUUGCCUCAAUCCUCACUAUGAUUGGAAACUGGCUAAGAGUGUUGUCCAAAAGAACACGAGCUGAGAUGGAGGAGCUCAGGGCCCAUGCCACGGAUUGGACCCAGAACAUCCAAAAUAUGUCCAUGGACUUCCGCAUUCCCAAUCCUUUGGAGUUCAAUGACCCCUUCCUUCUGCAGAGGAGAAAAUGGAAACGGAGUGAGCGCCGACACAUUCGCAGAGGAGCCCAGUGCACUGUGGGAUAUUUAGUCCGAGGAGGAUCAGAAAAUGGUCACCUACCAAAUCGCUGGGCCGGUCUCUCUGCCUCCAUGAUGGAGCUGGAGAGGGGGUCCCGGGAUAGACAGAGGGUCAGUAUUGCUGCAGCAGGGCCUGUGGUCCAGAGCAGGUCGGGUCCUCAGAUGCUGACUCGCUCAAUGUCCCUCCCAGCAGCACGCUCUGUCUGUGAGCUGCAGUCAGCUCGUCUGGAAAGCCAGGAAGGAUCGGCCUCUGAAUGGGAGACCUUUGGUUCAGGCUCUGAAUCCUCCUCUUUUAAUGCACUCCAAAAGCUCCAGUCAUGCUUCACAGAGAACAGGGCGGACAGAGAGGUAAAAACAGAACCAGAUUUCAAAACUCAUCAUGAAAAAGAUAAACUAUCUGUAACAGAGAAUUUCACAAUUGUGACAGAGGAUGGUCAUAAAUACAUAUCUAAAAUCACUCCUUCAGGCUCUCUUAAGCCCUUGCCCUUGCACCUCAUCCCUCCUUUACCUUCUAUAAAUGUCGCAGGCUGCAAAUUGCUCGAUUACUUUGGAGAAAACCUGGCUUUCAUCGAUGAAUCCUCAGACACUCUGAGUGACCGCACUUUGCCAACCUCUUUUGAGGAAAAGAGAAGACGUCCUCGAAAGCCCAGAAGGAAGAGCUCAAAGAGAAGUGUCUCUCGUAUGAGAAAACUCAGCCGUGAACGUCUACCAGAAAAACAACCUACCCCAUCCCCAGACUCUUCUCAUUCAGAAAGCCAGUCAGACACAACCACUAAACUCUGACAAGAAAACUGAAAAAAGAAAAAGAUUUGCCAAACAUUUUGAGCACAGUUAUCCUUUUGUAUAUCAUUUUGUUAUUCUUUACAGACAUAAUCUCCUCAUUUGUUACCUGAACUGGUGAUAGACACAUCCUGUGUUCCUGCAGAUCUAAUGCAGCUCGACAGUUGAGCCACACACCACUGCAAGUUGUUUCUUCUUUUUUCUAUACACAUAUUUUCCUCCAGUACUGAUGCAGAACGUCGACAAGUUAAGCAAAGCCUUUUCAGUUACAGUUGUGAUUUUAACACCAUCUACUGGACAAUUUUAGGAUUGUGCAUUUAAUGGUGCAAUGGUCUUUUCUUCUUUAAACCUAAGCCAUUAUAAAUUAUUUUGGGAUUUCUUGGUACAGGCAAAUAAUCCUAAAUAUACAUGCAUUGUUUCUAAAUGUAAUUUCCUGAAAUUUCACUACAUUUUGAGUAAAAACAUGUUUUGUCGCUGAUUUGUGUAUGUUCUGAGAGAGAAAGUACAAUUGGCAGUCAAAACUACUUUUACAUCUGCCCCAUUUUAUUUAAUUUUUUGUAUUAUUUUAGCAUAGAAUACAUUUUUUACCAGAUUAUAUUUUGAACUGUAAAAGUCCUUAAUGAACCUGGCUUGUGGUUGUGAAAGCUAUUUCUUCCUUACCCCAAAGGCUACUACCAAUGACUGGCAUUAUGCCCUCUAUGCCCUGUUACUGGGGCCAAAAUAAGUAACUGUGUCCACACUGAAAUUUAAA